UAUAUUGAAUAUUAUUGUGUUUUGAAUUUUUGAAAACUAUCUUGAUACUUUAAUAAUGAGUUUGUGGAGUCACAUACGAUUAGUGUAUAUCUGGAGGAUGCUGGGGAUAAUAGUCUAUGAAUUCGGGACUAAUUUCUUCGGGCUUAGACGUAAAGUAAAGACAGAUAAGAAACUGAACGGACAGGUAGUUGUGGUGACCGGUGCUAACACUGGCAUCGGCAAGGAGACGGCCUACCAAAUGACACUGAGGGAGGCCAAGGUAUACAUCGGGUGUCGAGAUGUGAAGAAGGGAGAGACGGCUGUCAAUGAGAUUCAGUCAAUGAAUCCAAAGGCAGACAUAAAACUACUAAAACUUGAUUUGUCUUCACUUCAAUCGGUCCGACAUUUCGCCAAAGAGUUGUCUCAAUUGGAGUCCAAAGUGGAUAUCCUUAUCAAUAACGCGGGGGUUAUGGCGUGUCCUGAAUUGCAGACUGAGGACGGCUUUGAAAUGCAGUUUGGGACCAAUCAUCUAGGUCACUUUCUGUUGACAUUACAUUUGGUGCCAUUGCUGAAGAAGUCACCGGCGGCUCGUGUGGUAACGGUAUCCGCGUGUGCCUACAAGUGCGGGCAAAUACAUUUAAAUAACAUAAACCUCCGAAACGGUGAUUAUCACCCGUUGAUUGCCUACACACAGAGCAAACUGGCCAAUAUCUUGUUUAGCCGAGAGUUGGCUAACCGACUGAGACAUACCCAGGUCAAAACGUAUGCAUUAGGUCCCGGUGUGAUUGACACCGAUUUGAAAAGGCAUGUCGAGAAAGUGGAUGAGACAAAGGGAAAGGGAUUUAUGGAAAGACAUCUAAUGAUGACACCUUUCAUGGGAUCUCAGACUACGUUGUAUUGCGCUCUGGAUGAGGGUCUGGCCGACGAAACCGGAUAUUUUUAUGACAAUUGUCGGCGAAUUGAUUAUAUGAUAGCCGAAGCCAAUGACUACAAGACCGCCAAAGCUCUCUGGGAAUUGAGUGAAGACUUAGUCAAACUUGAAGAUCAUCUCCGGAUUUAAUUCAUAAACAUUUGCACAAAAAUGAGAUUUUCAUGAAAUAUUGUAUUUUGCAAACAUA